AUGAAGAAGUUGUAUUUGACAGUCCUUUUUGUGUUUGUAUUUAUUGUGGAGGUGAUGGUGGUGGUAUCAGUUGGAGGCAUUCAACCUGUUAAUAGAGUGCCAAAAAUUCUGCCAAAUCCAGUGGAUCUCCUGUCUUUCACUCACUACCUUACGACAUGCCCAGACGCUGAGGCCAUCAUCCAGAGAAAAGUCAGUGCCUGGAUUCAGAAGGACUACACCUUGGCUGCUAGCAUUAUUCGCUUGCACUUCCAUGACUGUGCUGUCAGGGGCUGUGACGCAUCGGUAUUGCUAAACCAUAGAGGGAGUGAAAGGAGAGCCUUUGCUAGCAGGACAUUAAGAGGUUUUCAUAUAAUAGACGAUAUCAAGGCAGAGCUUGAAACAAUAUGUCCCAGAACCGUGUCGUGUGCUGACAUUCUUACUGCUGCAGCCAGAGAUGCCACUGUCCAGCUGAAUGGUCCAUUUUGGCAAGUCCCACUUGGCCGCAGAGAUGGAAGAAUCUCCAUUUCCAAAGAAGCAGGCAUGGUUCCUCAGGGUCAUGAAAACGUCACCGCUUUGAUUGAAUUCUUCCAAGCACGCGGCUUGAACAUUCUUGAUCUGGUUAUCCUCUCUGGCUCACACACCAUUGGUAGAAGUUCUUGCUAUUCCUUCAAGCACAGGCUCUCCAACUUUAAUGGAACCAGAAAACCCGAUCCUUCGCUGGACGCCAAUUAUUUGAACAUCUUGAAGAAGAAAUAUUGCAAGAGGAACUUGGACUUGGUUGAUCUUGAUGUUACAACUCCUAGGGUCUUUGAUACGGCGUAUUACACAAAUCUGAAGAAGAAAAAGGGGUUGUUGUCUACGGAUCAGUUGCUGUAUUCGGAUGGAAGAACUGCUCCAUUCGUUGAUGCAUUGGCAUCACAGCCUUCGCUGUUUGAGAACCAGUUUGCAGUGUCCAUGGUCAAGCUUGGAAAUGUUCAAGUUCUUACUAGGCCCCAUGAAGGAGAAAUCCGCGUCAAUUGCAAUUUUGUCAACUACUAA